AUGAUGUACCUUAGCCUUGAGCAGGGGCUGAGCUCAGAGGUGGUGUACAGAAUAGACCAACCCCCUCGUGGUCCAGGUGGUGCCAAAGGGACAAACACGGCUGGCAAAGGAAGACUCUGUGUGGAGAGUUUCGGAAUGACCACACCCGCAACUGUGGCUGGAAAGGUAUUCCUCAUCGUUUAUGGCCUUUUUGGGUGUGCUGGGACCAUCCUUUUCUUCAACCUCUUCUUGGAGCGCAUUAUCUCCCUCCUGGCAUUUAUCAUGAAGGCGUGCCACGAGAGACAGCUGCGAAGAAGCGGUCUCCUACCUCCCAACUUCCGAAGGGGGCCAGCUAUGUCUGGGGUGGGCAGCCUCGUGGGCUGGAAGCCAUCCGUUUACCAUGUGUUGCUGAUUCUGGGAAUAUUUGCUAUUACCCUUUCCUGCUGCGCCUCCGCAAUGUACACGGCGGUGGAAGGAUGGAACUACGUUGAUUCCUUGUACUAUUGCUUUGUCACAUUCAGCACCAUCGGCUUUGGAGAUUUGGUAAGCAGCCAGAACGCUGCAUACCAAAAUCAGGGAUUAUACAGAUUCGGAAACUUUGUAUUUAUAUUUAUGGGGGUAUGUUGCAUAUACUCUCUUUUUAAUGUCAUUUCAAUUGUAAUCAAGCAAGUUUUGAACUGGGUGUUGAAAAAAUUCGAAUGCAGAUGUUGCCCAAAGUGCCAUAAAUCAAGUACCCGCCUCAGCCGUCGCAACGCCAUCACCCCCGGAGCCCGCCUGCGUCGACAGAACAUCUCAGUGGACACUGAUGGACAGUACGACAGUGACACCGAGGGGAGGAGGCUCUCUGGAGAGAUGAUCUCCAUGAGGGAGCUCACGGCGUCCAACAAAGUCUCCCUGGCCAUUUUGCAAAAGCAGUUGUCCGAGACGGCCAACGGCUACCCGAGGAAUGUUUGUAUCAAUACGAGACAAAACGGUUUCUCUGCGGGGGUGGGUGCUCUGGCCAUCAUGAACAACCGCUUGGCAGAAACGAGUGAUUCUAGACAAAGCAGAUACCAGCAAUACCUGGACACAGGCUGAAGCACAAGAAAUCAGAAGGAAACUGAAGGAACAGAGUGGGACAGUGAAAGCACACUGCACUAGAUUGCACUUUCUUUUCAGGUAACAUCCACUCUGUAAUUAGAAUAAGACUUUAAACCAUCAAAAAGAAAAUGCAAUUGCCCUAAAGUUUGCAUAGCCAAAAAGAGGUCUAAAGUCAGAUCCAGGUGUGUCUCAGGCAGCUCCCAAGCCCAGGCUCAGCAUGGGAUGCAGGUAGGUUUAAAAUUGUGUAACAUCAUCAUCCCAUGUGUCUUCAGGAUUGGGCUCUCCAGCAGGUGGUGCUUUAUCAAACAGUCUUAAGAAAUACGAAGGUGUUCCCGUAUUCCUUUUAUACUUUGCAAGAUGUAACAGUACUUUUUGAAGCCAGUGAGUCAAUGCAAAAGUAAUGCUUUUAUAACAUACAAUAAACAAUGAGAAAAAAAUUACUGCUAUUUCUGACUCUGCAAAUCAAACAGCCAAGUUUUCUCAAUGGGUAUAAUUUCCUAUUCCAUGCAAGUAAAAUUAUGUCCAGAAAAUUUUUGCUUGUGGUAACAUCAAUAGACUGCACAGGCAGUGCAAUAAUUCAGUUCCAGUUUUAUUUUAAAACCUCAGUAUCUGAAAGCACAUCUGAAAAUGGUUUGCAGAUUGUUGGAGGUGGGGAGGGAUUGUGUGUGUAAACAUUGUUUAUUUACAAAAAUAAAAAGUACUAUUCUACUUAUACAAA